AUGUCUAAUGAUGAUAUAAUAUCAUCUUUAUAUCCACCUCCACCUCCAUAUGUUAAAUUCUUUACUAAUGAAAACCUAAACCAAUUAGAUAUUUGGAAGAAUGACCAACAACAACAACAACAACAACAAUCAGAUAUCACACCUCCAGGCGUACUACGUUUUCUUAUACCUCCAAAACCACCUGCCGGUUCUCAUUAUAGAGGAUAUGGUAACAUUUGGUCAUUUGAUGAUAAAUUGCCAAGUCUUAAGGAUUCAAAUUGGGAACAAUUAUAUAAAGACAAUGAUGAAUUAAUCACUUCAGAAACAAAGAUUCAAGAAUUACAUAAAUUAAUGGAUUCUUUAUUAUUAAACUUCUUAGAACUAAUAGGGAUAAUGUCCAUUGAUCCUCAACAAUUCGAAUCAAAAGUUAAACACAUUUCCUUAAUUUUAAUUAAUAUAAAUCAUUUAUUAAAUACUUAUAGACCUCAUCAAUCAAGAGAAAGUUUGAUUAUGUUAUUAAGAAAACAAAUUGAUUGUAAAAAAUUGGAAAUAGAUACAAUCGAUAAAGUAAUAAAUGAUGUUAAGUCAAAAAUAUUUGCAUUGACCAAUGAUAUAUCAGAUUCAAAUCAAAUCAAAUCAAAUUCCAAUCAAAAUCUUGAUAAUAAACAAUUACAAAUGAACUCAAUAAUAAAUAAGUUAUUAGAUAAUAUUUAG